AUGCAGGCAAAGACAAUAUGCCCUUCAGAUCCACUUGUCUAUAAUGAAUUAGGUGUUGUUGCUUAUAACAUGAAAGAGUACAAUAAGGCUGCACUGUGGUUUGAAAAGACUUUGGCACACAUUCCAUCUUUAAGCCAAUUGUGGGAGCCGACUGUGGUUAAUCUAGCCCACGCAUGCAGGAAGUUAAAAGUGAUGUAUCAUGAAGCAACUUCAUGCUAUGACAGAGCACUGACACUGUCAACCAGAAGUUUAAUUACCUAUGCUGGUCUUGCCUAUACGUAUCUUUUGCAGGAUAAUUUUACUGCUGCAAUUACGUGCCAUCACGACGCUUUAUGGCUGAAACUGGACGAUCAGUUUUGCACAGAAAUGUUGAGUUUGGCCAUUAUAGAUGAAGGUCGUAGUGGCAUAGACCCAAAAAUGGAGUUUCGCUGAAAGUGAGUUUUAUAUUUAAUGAUGCUGCAAUAUUCUUUUAAUUGGUGUUGUAAUGU